UUCUCACAAAAAGCGUAACUUGUUUAUAUAUCCCUGAGAAAAUUUUGCAUUGGGCUUCAAAGCAAUGGUGCAUUGGUGACGUUUGUGGACAGACUGUUAUCGCGUGUUUUAUCUUACAAGACAAAACUCGUAGAGCAUUUACAUGGUGUUCAUUUGCUAAAAGUGGGCCACCCUCCCUCACUGGGCUGGACUUGGCUCCAUAACCAGCCACCCACUAAACUUUCUAAGCCCUCUCUCAGUCUCUCUCUCUCUUCUUCAUCUCUCCAUUGCGCGCUGUUGUGACGUGUCGCACCGUCAGCCCAUUGACCAGAGAGGGGGCAAAGGCAAACGGACCCAGAUGAGUGCUUCCUUCCUAGAGAAUCCUUGCGCCUUCCUUCGGCUUCAAUUGCAAUUCCAGCGGUUGGAAUUCAUUUCCGAAUUCAAUCCAAUAAAAUCUGCGUUCUAUGUGUACACGUCACCUUUUUCCACGUGGUGGCAAAUUGCACCGCGUCCCUUCCAACUCUCUGAGUCGGUGUCUUAGAAACUGAAAGAGAGAGAGCCACCAUCCAUUCCUCCACCAAACUCCUAAAAUAAAGGCUCUAUGUAACGGCGUCGUCUCUGACCACGCGUUCCCACCUCCAUAAAAUUCAACACCAACCUUGCUCUCGAAGUAUUUCACAGAUACUUCCCCGCUAAGGAAAAAUAGAAAAAACAAUCUCCCAAUCCCAGGUAUCCCAUUUUUUCACAUUAUCAUACAACUUUCGAAUCUCAACCGCCCUAUAUAAACAUAUGUACAUUCUCCUCUGUUUUUCGCAACAUCACCCAUCUUUCCUCUUCGCUCUAACGCUAUGUCUAUGCCUGGUGGCUUAGGGACAAGAAGCCAAACCAAUGCCGGCUCAAUCGAAGCCUUCCUGGAGGGCUGGCUGGUCCGCCAAGAACACUACCUCGACGAGCUCCUCUCGACUCAGCAACACUGCCACGAAAUGCGAGAAGAGGACCUCAAAGAACUGAUCUCCCGCAUCCUCGCUCACUACCAAGAAUACUAUGAAGAAAAAUCAAGAAUGGCGCAUAGGGAUAUUUUCCUCGUGUUCUCUCCCACAUGGUUCACCUCCUUCGAGCGCGCCUUCCUCUGGAUUGCCGGGUUCAAGCCCGGCCUCGCAUUCCGACUCGUCACCGAUGCCGUCGACGACUUGUCCGAAGACCAGCGCCAGAGGAUUAAUAUGUUAAUGGAGGAGACCAAAGUGGAGGAUCGAGCACUCAGCCACGAAUUGGCGAAGAUUCAGGAGAGCGUGGGGGCGCCACCAUUGCUGGAGCUUGCGAGGUGUGCCUGGCGAGCCAACGGAGAGGUAAGUGAGGAGAACAGGGUGCUCGAUGCCUGGAAAUCGGCAUUGGAGACUCUGGUGGCAAAUGCAGAUUCGCUGAGGAUGAACACCGCGGUGAAGGUGGUGGAAAUACUGAGGCCGGCUCAGACGGUGAGGUUCUUGGCGGCGGCGGCUCAGCUUCAGCUCAGGAUUAGGACUUGGGGGUUGCAAAGAGAAGCUGAAAGACAAGAAUGAAGUGGGGAUAUCAUAUACGGCUGGUAGCUUUAGCUUAAUUUGGUUUUGAGGUAGUAGAACAAGCUUAUUAGACCACGGAAGCAUCCGGUAUCAGCGGGAAUAGAAUCCUCUCCAUUUCAAAAUCUCUCAAUUUCCUCCAUUUAGUGCAUUUUGAAGGGUAUUGCAUUUAAUGCACUAUCAUUAUUAAAACUUUUGGACAACACUACCCUUCAAAAUGCACUAAAUGGAGGAAAUGGAGAAAUUUUGAAAUGGAGAGGAUCCUUUUCCGUAUCAGCGAGUGACGGUAUGUGUUAUUUGUAUACUGUGCUAGUGGAAUGACAGAUGAAAAGCUAUUAAUGGCAUUUGAUGCGUUAUUCCCUGUAUUCUCUCAAUUUCACUUGAAUAAAAAUGGACAAC